GUUAUUUUAGCCUCAGAAGCCGCACAGACGAUCAUCUCUCGUCCUGCGGCGUUUUCCUUUCGAUUUUGAUUUCGAGUCCUCGGUGUUAAAAUGACGUCAGCUUCAGAGAGUGAUUUGAGGAUUGUUCUGCUAGGAAAGAAUGAAUGGGAAAACAACAAAGUAGGAAACAUUAUACUGGGUACAACAGCGUUUCAGAGCAAAGCUCCAUAUGAUUCACAGCGUCUCAAUGAGAGAAUCAGCGGAGCGGUGGAGAAGAUUCACAUCUCAGUCGUCAAAACCUACCUUCUGCAGCCACAUCUCUCACAGCUUCAGAUGAGAAAUGGAGUGAGAGAGUGUGUGUCUCUGUCUGCUCCAGGACCUCAUUCAAUCGUACUCGUACUGCAGUACAAUGACUUCACAGAAGAGGACGUGAAAAAAGUAAAUAAUGUGCUGAACCUUUUCAGUAAGCAGGCCAUUAAACAUGCUAUAGUGGUGACAACGGAUGAAGAUGCAUUCGCAUCCAAAAUUACAUCAUUUCAAUUUAACAAGCUAUGGAAUAAUCCGGUUUAUAAUUUAAUAAAGGAAUGUGGAGGAGGACAUCUUAAAUUUGAUUUCAAAAAUUCAGCGUGGCGCUCUGAGAUUGUGAAAAUGACAGAGGAGAUACUCAAGAAAGAAAACGAAGAAUUUCUCAUCUGUAACAUGUAUGAAGAUGGAGGUGAUGGAUCAUCGGUGGAUGAAGUGGGUGGAGAUCCUGUUGAGGGCACCAGAAUGGGACGUAAUGGAGGAGUGAUGCCUACUGGAAAAACCAAACUGAACUUUGUGAUUUGUGGAAAUAAUACUACGCUCAAGAUGUCAGUGUCUAAAGUCAUUCGAGGGACCAUCAAUAAACCAAAGAACAAACUUUUACUUCAGAAAGAGAGGAGCAAUGUGUGCGUGAAGAAAGAGGAGAAGGUACACGGGCGGCAGGUCUGUGUAAUAGAGCUUCCUGUCCUCACUCAGCUCUCGGAGGAGGAAGUGAUGCGUCAGACCCACCUUUCUGUGUCUCUCUGUGAACCUGGAGUCCAUGCGUUCAUCCUUGUUACUCCGGUCAGUCCACUUACUAUGGAAGACAGAGCAGAAAUGGAGAAGAUUAACAGAAUAUUUCACUCUAAAGAGCACUUCAUGGUGCUUUACACUACGGAUCUCACGGUUGACAAAAACGUGACCGAUUUUGUAGAGUCCACAGAAUCUCAGAGGAUUGUGAGACUCUAUGGGAGCUGGCACAGUGUGAUGGGGAUAAAGGACCAGAGAAGCCCAGAACAGAUCUCAAACCUGUUUAACUGUAUAGAGAUUAUGAAGACUGAACCCUACUCUCUUCAGAUGUACACGACAGCUCCAGAGAGGAGAGUCAGAGAGCUAGAGGAGAAACUGAGCACGAGAGACAAUGAAAUCAAAGAGUUACAGCAGAAGAUCAAGAUGCUGGUUCCAGAGGGUGUGAAGCUGAAUCUGGUUGUGUGUGGGAGUAACAAUGAAUUAAAAUCCUUCAUAUCAAACCUGAUCCUGAAUCAGAGCGAGGAGAGAUCCGAGUGUGCGAGGAGAGACGUGGAGCUUCACGGACGUCUGAUCAGUCUGGUGGAGCUUCCAGCUCUGUUCAGCACUCAGCUCUCAGAGGAGGAAGUGAUGCGCCAGACUCACCGCUGUGUGUCUCUCUUUCAUCCUGGAGUUCAUGCUUUCCUCCUCGCUCUUCCUGAUGGUCCAAUCAAUAAUGAAGAUAAAGCAGAAACCGAGAGGAUCCAGAGGAUCUUCAGCUCAGAAAUCAACAAGCACAUCAUGAUCCUCAUAAAGCAGAAAACAGAAGAGCAGACGGCAAAAGGAAAUGAUGAAACACAGUCUGUCAUUGAGAGUUUUGGAGGACGACGUCAUUUUGUCGGACCGAACACGAAAGGGUCUCAGUUGGUAGAGAAACUUAAGAAGAUGGUUAUGGAAAAUAGUGGUGAAUGCUUCACCACAGAGACACUGUUGGAUGCACAGAUGGAAAAACUGCAGAAAUUUGAAGAAAUGAAGAGGAGAAUCCAUUCGUUAGAGACGUGGUUUCAGACACAAGAUUCAGGAACUAGAGAAGAUGAACUGAGGAUUGUACUCCUCGGAAAAACUGGGGUUGGGAAGAGUUCAACUGGAAACACCAUCUUAGGAAGAGAAGCGUAUAUAUCAGACCUUUCUGGAAGUUCUGUUACUAAAGUGUGUCAGAAAGAGACAGAUGAAAUCAACAGCAGACACAUUACUGUGAUUGAUACUCCUGGACUUUUUGACACUGAACUCAGUAACGAAGAAAUUCAGAGAGAAAUCAGAAAUUGCAUCUCCAUGAUCCUGCCUGGACCACAUGUGUUUCUCUUAAUGAUUCCUCUGGGAAGAUUCACUCAAGAGGAAGAAAAAGCGGUAAAGAUCAUCCGAGACACGUUUGGAGAAAACUCAUUAAUGUACACCAUAGUGCUGUUUACCAACGGAGACCAACUGAAGAACAAAAGCAUCGAACAGUUCCUGGAAAACUCUGGGAUUGCUCUAAACCUCAUUGCUGAGUGUGGAAACAGAUACCAUGUGUUCAAUAAUGAGAGCAAAGACCGGACACAGGUGAAUGAUCUACUGCAGAAGAUAGAUGAAAUGGUGAAAGCAAACGGAGGGAGUUACUACUCAUGCAAGAUGUUCAGAGAGAUGGAAAGAGAAAUACAAGAGAAACAAAAGAAGAUACUGACUGAGAAAGCGGAGAACCUGAACAGAGAAAAAGAAGAAUUGAUGAAGAAACAUAAAGAGUAGAAAAGAAAGUUGAAGACUAAGAUGGAGGAAGAGCAUAACAAAGAGAAAAAGAGAAGAGAAGAGGAAUUUAGAGAAAGAGAAGAUCGAUAUAAAAGAGACAUUAAAGACAUAGAGGAACAAGAGAGAAAAAUACGAGAAGAACUGAAGAGAGAACGAGAGGAAUGGGAGAGACUGAAACAACAGGAAAGACAAAGGAGAGAAGAGGAGGAUGAGAAAUUGAGAAAAAAAGAACAGGCGAUGUGGAAUGAAUAUAAUCAAAGACUUAACCAAGAGAUGGGGAGAAUGAAUAUGAUUAUGAAAGAAGAGAGACAGAAACGUGAGGCAGAAAGAAAGAGAAUAGAAGAGGAAUAUAUAGAGGAACAAUAUAAAAGAGAGAUUAAAAAUAUAGAGGACCAAGAGACAAAGAUACUAGAAGAGCUGAAGACAGAACGAGAGGAAUGGGAGAAACAGAAACAACUGGAAAGACAAAGAGAGGAAGAAGAGAAAGAAACACAUAGAUUAAAUGAACUUCCUACCGGAGGUCCUGACGCUCAGCGCUCAAAGAAUGAUGAAAAUCCGCCACCAGAUCCAGAAUCUUUGAGAAUCUUGCUGUUUGGGAGGACAGGAGAUGGAAAGUCUGCAACAGGAAACACUAUCUUCGGAAAAACUUGCUUUUACAGUAAGAAGAGUUCAUGUUUAGUGACCACAACAUGUACAAAGGUCAUGGGUGAAGUUAACGGUCGGUCAGUAGCUGUUAUUGAUACUCCAGGACUCUUCGACCCCUCACUGACAAAAGAGCAAGUGCAGGAAGAAAUAAUGAAAUGCAUUUCACUGUCAGCCCCUGGACCUCAUGUGUUUAUCGUUGUCUUUGACAUGUGGAAAAUCACCAAGGAGGAGAAAGACACUUUAGAAAUGAUAUUGAAGAUAUUUGGCCCAGAAGCUGCAGGUUUCAGCAUUGUUCUUUACACUGGAGGAGACAACCUAAAGACAAACCAAACAAUAGAACAAUAUGUAGAGAAAUAUAAAAAUGCUGACCUUGACAAACUGAUCAAAGAUCGUAAAGAGAGAUUCCUGGCUUUUAAUAACACAAAAGUGCAGGAUCAGACACAAAUUCAGCUGCUGUUAAAAAAAAUAGAAGAAAUUAACCAAUCUAAUCAGGGUAGAUUUUUCACUAAUGAGAUGUUUGAGGAGGCAGCGGUCUCCACUGAACAGAGAAUGAAAAUGAUCAAAGAAAAGGAAGGAAAAAAUCAGGCUCAUGUUGAUGAAUUAACAGCCAAGUAUAUUAAAGAAGACAUAAUUAUGAGAAAAAGGCUGGAAGAGAAAAAACAAAGGAUGGAUGAGGAAAUUGAGAGACUGAAGAAGAAGUUUAAAGAACAAGAGGAAAUACUCUGGAGAGAGUUUGAGGAGAAAGAAAAAUCAGAGAAGGAGAAACAAGAGAUUGAGGAUCAGAAACAAUCGGAGCUGGAAAAACAAAAAAAACACAAAUAUGAGCAAAACUUAGAAGAGAUGAAGAGAGAAAAUGAAGAUCAGAUAAAAUGGUGUGAAGAUCAGCAAAAAAGAAGAGAAGAAGAUGAAACAAGAGAAGAAAAAUAUAAACAAGAUCUAGAAAAGAAAAAUGAUCAUCAGCACAUCGUGGCAGAGUUAAAAAUAAAUCAGGAAGAGGAAAUAGAAAAGAAAGAUUCAGAGAAGCGAAUAAGGAAGGACAGAGAAGAGAAAGAAAGAGAAGAAUGGAAGAGAAAAUUAAAAGAGGCUGGAAAAGAUGAAGAGACCAAACGACAGCAGAGAGAAUGGGAGGAAGAAAAGAAAAGACAGACGAUAGAACUAAAGGAGGAUGAAAGAAAGAGAAAAGAGAGGCAAUGA